AUGGUCGGUUACUACAUCAUCUGCGAUUUGAUGAUGACUGGUGUUCUUAUCACAUCUAGCAUCAGCCAAGCGGAACGAAUGCUAGCCGUUGUUGUUGUUCUCGCGUUGUUCAUGCGAAACGGAUGGGUUUCGGAGGCUCCACGUACGCUCAACGGAACGAACUUAUCCGAGUGCAUCAACUCCGUUUACCUAGGUCAAGAAAUGAGCAUGAAGAAUGGCUCGAUAACCGAACUGAGGAAAGAGAAACGAACGGCUUGGGGAGUUCCUAGGAUUAGGACGAGGACGCACUGGAGAAACCACAGAACAAGUUGUUCAAUCCUCACCUGUUUAACACCACCGCACUUCCUGCUUUGA